UCACAGCUAUACAGAAUCGAUCUUUCGUGGCCAUCUUGAUUCAAUUAUUGCUUAGCAUUGCAUGUUUUUGAUAGUAUCCAAGUGGCUUGUAAAAUCCAGAGCAAUCUGUGUUUUGUUUUGUUUUGUUCUGCUGUGCGGUGGUAGGGUCUGGUGAUAUUACUUUCAAAAUAUACUUAUGGCAAGAAAGGGACCUAAAGUGUUAUUGGGAUUUGAAGAUGAAUACAUUACAGAAAAAAACAAGUCGCUUGUCAAUUUCACGACCAACAAAGUAGGAGGGAGACCGGACUGGCCUGUAGAUGGCAUUCCUCAGCCUCUAUGCCAUCUCUGUGGACUCUCCUUGCCAUUAGUACUGCAGAUAUAUGCCCCCUUGGAGAAUUCACCUUAUCACAGAACUCUGUAUUUAUUUGGAUGCAUCAAUCCAAACUGCUGGAACCAGAAUGAAAGCUGGGUAUGUAUCCGCAGUCAAACUCUUGAGACUGGUAGUAACACAUCAGCCACAACAGUGAAUACAUUGAGCUCCUCUGAGUGGUGUGCUGAUGCUGAUGACUGGGAGGAUGAUAACAAUGGUAACAACAGUGAAGAGAAUGGCAAUGUAAUUGGGCGAAUAGAAAGCUACUUUUCAGAUGAAGAAGAUGAGACAGAAGAUUAUGAAGAUGAUGUUCAAGUAAGACUUGGGAACUUGAGUGUAGAUGAGUGGAAUGCAAACUGGGGAGGAGGCAAGGGAGUUACUGCAGGAGCUGGGGCAGGGGCUGUUGGGAGACUGCACUCCCCUUCAGCAACAGCAGAAAUCGAAGGCGAUGAAAGUGAGGUGGUGAGCAUUGAUACUCCGACAGCUCCACAGCAUGAUCUGACUGCGUUGCUGCAGGAGGUAGCUCCGUUACCUAUGGAACUUCGCAGUACAAAUGGUGGUGAUGGUAAAAGGCAACAUUAUGCGUUACCAACUGGGCCACCUCAGUUUGUGUCUUCAUUUAUCAGUGUAGGUGAAGAAGAUUUGUCCAGUUCACCCACCAUCACACCCAUUUCUGAGCAUGUGCGUGAGUUGCUGCAGGAAUACCAACAGAAUAAUGAUGAUGGCAUAAACGUGCUGAGUCCAGAGCAAGAAAAAAGUUUGGUGCAGGACCAAGGAGAAAAUCUUACACAAGAGAAGUAUGAAAAAAGCAUCCCAACUCAUGGGGACAGAUUGUUUCAUCAGUUCGUGUCUCGGAUACAGAGUCAUCCAGGACAGAUACUCAGAUAUUGCCAUGAGGGUGGAACUCCACUGCUUCUGUAUCCAAUCCAGGAUUUUCCUGUUGCAUGUGUUCAUUGUCAUAACAAAAUGUUGUUUGAAAUGCAAGUUCUUCCCACGCUGAUUCCAAAGUUACGAUUACUGGGCCCAGGAGGAGAAGGUGCGCAUCUUGAAUUUGGGACAGUUCUAGUGUUCACUUGCCGACAGAGUUGCUGGACCACUACAGAUGCGUGGCGAGAAGAGAGGGUAGUAAUCCAAGCUGAGAAAAUCUAAAUAGCAGAACUUGGUUAUCAGUGGCUAUGUCCAGAUAGUGCAUGAUCUCAUUAUAUGUCCAUGCUUUUGUCUUCAAAUUUUACAUUUGGUAGUGCCAAAAUUAUGUAUGUAUUUGUAGUACAUAUUAAUGUAAAUGAAUAUACAGAACGACUUUUAACCCUUUUACUGAUAGUGAAGAAAAAUGUAUCAUUUUACUGUAUGUUGGUCGGUACUGGCCCAUUUUUCAGAAUUAGGACAGUAAUAUAGUUUCCCAUCUUUGUACAUGUUUUUUCCAUACGGUUAAGAAUUGUUUUUAAAUAGUGUUUCAUGUAUUUGGCAGAAUAGUUUCAUCCGCAACACAGAACAUGCUUUUCUGCGUCAGAACUCUUGUACCCAUGACACAGGAUUUAUAUUUAGCGGAUAUGUCACAUCCAUAAAACACAGUGUGUCUUUUGUGCAGUGUAAAUGGUAUGUCCGUAGCAGAGUAGAAUUGUUUUUCUCUACAGUUUGAACAUCAUAGAACAGCAUUUCUGAAGCCAAAAUAUGCUCAGGCCAGAGUCAUGAAUGAAAAAGUUUUUGAGGCUAAAUUCUGUUUUGAAUAACCUUUAAUGUGUGUGUUCAAAAAUAUGACAGGAGAUUCAGUAAUUAAAUGUGUAAGUACUGCAAUGAGUUUUUGGGAUUGAAACAAAAGAUCCUUUGGUAACAUCAAAUGUGGUUUUUACCCUGUUUUUUGUAUUCAUGAAUAUUCAGAAUGGGGUAGUAUUCUUCUUCUAUGAUGCAACAGCCCAAAGUUGAGCCUUGGCCUUCUAUAGAAUGGGGUAUUAUUCAUUAUUUUUGAAGAUACGCUAGUCAGUAACAGUUUUAUUUAAAGUAAUGUGAACUGAAAGACAAAUGUUUGCCAUUAAGGAGGAAAAUUGUAACAGAUUUACUUCUUAAAAAUAACUUCUGUCGGAUGUCAUCCAUUAAGAUUGAUACACUAAUGCACUUGAUUCAUGCACUUUCCAUUACGUCUGGCAGACAUAAAUAAUCUCAAACUGAAUUUUUAAAUAAAUUCAUGCCAUAUUACUGGUCAUAUUUGAAAUGCUUUGCUUUUCAAGUAGCACCAUAAAAACAAAUCAUAUUAUGUUAUGUAAAUGUAUAAACAAAUGAAGAAAUCAGGCCCACUUUUAUUACUGCUUUUUCUCCAGAAUGGUGGUCCCUUGUUUUAUCCUCUAUUAUGUCUGUGUCAAAUGGAUUCAUGACUAUGCUAUAGAACAGUCAUUGUCUUAUCUCAUUUCUGAGUUGGGAAGAAUUUCAGAAAGUCUUCAAGUUCCAAGAUUCAGAUUCCAGCAUUUCUUUUGCAUCUUCAUGACUGUGUAAAGUAUUGAUACCUGAUUUUUUACUAAAUAAUGUGUGUCCUCAACUUAGUCAUCUUAAUAACCUAAAACAACAAGGCAUGACAUAUUUUAAAACCAAGGAAAUUUAAUUGUGUUUAGAAAAUGCUGACUGCUGCUCUUUUUUUUCAACUAUUUGAAGAUCAUGUGAUUUCAAUCAAAAAUAGUAGCACAAACAUUCUGAAACCAAAUAAAAAUAUAAUUGUACAUUCAUACUAGUUGAACAGACAACCCACAUAAAGUACAGGCAUCUUGGGAAGAGGAAGAGAAGAUUCGCACCGACUGAAGAAAAGUUAGGAGUAUACGUGUAAAUUCAUGCACUAUUCAACCCACAUAUGUGGAUAUGAAUAUGGGGGGAAAUUAAAAAGGACAUAUCAUUUAUACUGCAAAUUUUACUCAUCAGAUAAGAAAACCAGUGGGAUCAGAUGCAUUCCAUUUUAUGUUAUAAUUCAGAGUUCUAGCAUUGCUUCUUUCACCACAUGCAGGAUGUCUCUUUAUACAUACAUACAUCUUUAUUACAUUCCAUGAUUGGUAGAUCAUUCUAGUUUCAUUUGUUCUACGUGAGUUAUGUAGCUUCUUUGGUAACAGUCAGAUGAAUUUCUUGUUUAUCUGGUGAUAACUUUUUUUAUUAUAUUUCAUUCUGGUGCUGUUUUCAUUAGUUAGAAUGUAAACGAGAUUUUCUUCCAUCUUAGCUCAUAGAAAAAUGUGUAGUAUUUAGUUUACUUUAGCUUGUAAUGUAGUAAUGUAGCAUGCAUUUGCUUUCCCAUAUACAGUAGCCAUCAGGAUAUUUGGACAUAGACCAUGUGUUUACAUAAAUAGAUAAUACUAGUCAUAAAUUAUUUAAUUCUCUUUACAUGUAUAAUUAAGACUUGAAGUUCAACCUUUAAAAGGUUAUUUACAAAAGACUCCUUUUUAGUAUGUUAGUCUGUUUAGAUUCCAUUUAUGGUUAGGAGUGACCGAAUUUUUUGUGUAUGUGCAGUCAAACCCUGUUAAAGUAUCACUCUCUGUCCAGCACUAAUAUUGGCAUUAAAGUAGGGCUGGCAGAAAUUGAAUUAAAUUAUGUUUGUGUGUAUUUUUAUGAGGAUAAAAAGGGCAAAAUUGUAGAAAUUUGAAACUUCUGUAAUGGUGCCGUAUUAUUUAUAAUAUAAUAUUUAUCUUUAUUAUAAUCUCACUGGAGCACAGUACAUACCAGUUUUUAUGUACAGAGUCUCGCGAGUGCAAUGCAAGGGUGACUGUAUGUACAGGAAUGCUGUGUCAGGGUUUGACUGUAAUUCCAACUUGAUAAAUUUGUGUUAUACUGAUGUAUGAAAAAAUGAGCUGUGACAUUGUUCCUGAACUUCAGUUUAUUAGUAAAUCACGUGAACAAUUCUUUGUGGUUAACGGGUGUAAUGCAAAUUUGUCAUUUGAUUGAUGUGAGAGUUACUGGCAUAGUAUUCAAUAGGCUGUCCUUCCUCCCAGAGGUUUACACAUGUUGAUAUAAUUACCAAAGAUUUAUUCUAAAGAAGACAUUUAACACUGACUCUACCAGUCUGUUUAACCAUUUCCUUAUCCUAAAUAAGGGAUUCCAGAGUUUCAGUGUCUCUCAUAGGCACUUCAUCUCAUGUUGCUUAAUAAUGCCUGUCAAUAGUGUAAAUGUUUCAGCUCAGCCUACAAGAAAACCAGUCGUCAAUAAAGAAAAUGUUACUAUCCAAAAUUA